AUGUCAACACAACAAUUCACCAAGAAGGCCGUCCACUUCGGCGCCGGCAACAUCGGCCGUGGUUUCGUUGCCUGCUUUCUGCACAACUCCGGUUACGAAGUGGUCUUCGCCGAUGUCGCUGAUGCCCUCAUUGACAAGCUGAACGAGACCCCGUCAUACCGGGUCAUCGAGGUCGGCGCCGAGGGAACUAAUGAGAACACCAUCACAAACUACCGUGCCAUCAACUCAAGGACACACGAGGCGGAGCUUGUCGAUGAGAUCGCCACUGCUGAUGUCGUUACGUGCUCCGUUGGACCAAACAUUCUCAAGUUCAUCGCCCCUGUCAUUGCCAAGGGUAUCGACAAACGUCCUAGCAACCUGGCACCCAUCUCAGUUAUCGCCUGUGAAAAUGCAAUUGGCGCCACCGACACCUUGGCUGAGCACAUUAAGGACCCCCGCAACACUGCUCCCCACCGUUUGGAGGAUCACCACGAGCGUGCCCGCUACGCUAACUCUGCCAUCGACCGCAUUGUCCCCGCUCAAGAUCCUAACGCUGGCCUCGACGUUACCCUCGAGAAGUUCUACGAGUGGGUCGUUGAACGCACUCCCUUCGAGCAGAUCCCUAGCAUUGAGGGCAUCAACUGGGUUGAUGAGCUCGCUCCUUUCAUCGAGCGCAAACUUUACACCGUCAACACUGGUCAUGCCACAGCUGCCUACCACGGUUACAACCGCAGCAAGCGCACCGUCUACGAUGCGCUGCAGGACAAGGCUAUCAUGGCUGAGGUUCGCAAGGCACUGGAGGAGACUAGCAACCUGAUCAUCAGCAAGCACGGCAUUGACGAGCAGGCACAGCGCGAAUACGCUGCGAAGAUCAUCCGCCGCAUCGGCAACCCCCAUUUGGAGGAUGCCGUUGAGCGUGUCGGUCGCGCACCGCUCCGCAAGCUUAGUCGCAAGGAGCGUUUCGUCGGCCCCGCUGCAGAACUUGCCGAGAAGGGAGAGGACUGCACCGCUCUCCUCCGCGCCGCUGAGAUGGCUUUCCGUUUCCAGGACGUCGAGGGUGAUGAUGAGAGCAAGGAACUUUCCCAGCUCAUGUCCGAGAAUACUCCCGAGGACGCUGUGACCAAGAUCUGUGGUAUUCAGUCCUCGGAGAAGAUUCACCCGAUGCUCGCUGAAGUUGUUCGUAGAGUUCAGGCCGACAGUGAGGAAUGA